AUGUCUAAUCCUCCAACCCAGCAACAGUACGAGACGCCCAGGCGGCCGGCACCAUUCACUCGUCAGUCGGAAGAGCUCCAUAUUCCUCUGUCUGGCACCACCGUCCCUUCGAAUGCCCCUCGAUACUCGACAGGUCCAGACGCUGGCCAUGUUCCUCCUGCGAUAAGCAUUCAACAGUCGACACCGCAGCAUUCUCAAUAUGGCUCAGGAACCAGUGCACUUCCCGGCGCCUUGCAGCCCGGAAACAUGUCUGGUCGUCCAGCGCCCAUAGCCACCAAUACUGCCCCCUCCACUGUGCCGACCCUACCUCCGCCAACCUCGCAACCACAAGCGACGACGCCGUCUCGAUCAGGAACCGUCGGCCAUACACACGUCCAUUCGAGAUCAAGUCCUGCAGGAUUUGACCAGCCUAGGUAUAAGCAAUAUGGAACCACGCCGGAAAGCGCAAAGUACGCGUCUCCGCCAGGCGGCUUCGCACCACAUACGCCUUCAGGUGCCAAAUAUUCGCCGUUGGGUCUUGCAGAUAUAAGGCCACCUAGUGAUUCCCUACUGAUGGAUCAUCCAAUGACACCGGGGUCUUUUCCAGCUUUCAAUAAUGACAUUCAAAUACCCACCAACAGCAAUUAUGUCGCUCCGUGGCCGAUAUAUGCGGUUGACUGGUGCAAGUGGCCUACGUCGACGGCAAGCUCUUUUGCUGGAAAGGUGGCUAUUGGAAGUUAUCUUGAAGAUAGCCACAAUUAUAUUCAAAUCAUUGACACCCAUCGCAAACAACCCGAGGCCGAUACCCCAGACGUGGCCUCAGGAGACGUUGAGCUAGAGUAUGUCAAGACGGCAGAGGCAACGCAUUCAUACCCGGUUACGAGAAUAUUAUGGGAGCCCCCUUCUUCCCAGAAGCAAUCAACAGACUUGCUUGCGACAUCGGGCGACCACCUCCGUUUAUGGUCAUUGCCAAACUCCCAGAUUGUACAGACUACAAACUCGAUAAACAAUCGAAACCAGGGCCCAUCGCCAGCAAAGUUGUCUCCACUAGCUCUUUUGUCCAAUUCAAAAUCACCAGAACACACGGCGCCUAUCACUUCGCUAGAUUGGAAUAUACUCUCGCCGAGUCUGAUUAUCACUUCCAGUAUCGACACGACAUGCACGAUCUGGGACAUUCCAACCUUGACUGCCAAGACACAGCUCAUUGCGCACGACAAGGAAGUGUACGACGUACGCUUUUGUGCGAAUAGUGUUGAUGUUUUCGUCAGUUGCGGUGCGGACGGCAGUGUGCGUAUGUUUGAUCUGCGGAGCUUGGAACAUAGUACUAUCAUAUACGAGCCGUCGGAAAAGAACGAAAAGCUCAUGAGCCCCGGAGGCUCCAGCCCUGGACACUCUUCAGCAUGGCCUCCACCCCUACUGCGGAUUGCCACAUCGCCCCACGACGCCCACCUCCUCGCAACAUUCUCCCAAGACUCCAACCUAAUCCGCAUCCUCGACGUACGCCAACCAGGGCAAGCCCUCGUCGAACUCCGCGGCCAUUCCGCCUCCGUAAACUGCAUCGAAUGGUCCCCAAGUCGUCGCGGCACACUCGCCUCCGGAGGCGACGACUGUUGCGUGCUCGUCUGGGACCUUUUGAACCAACACAACGCCGCUCAAAUCCCUCAACAACAACACCAACAAUCUACCCCUGCUCUGCCCACCCCCGCCCCAGCAGCUCCCGGUGCCGCAGGAGCAGCAGCAGCCGCCCCAUCAACAACUGAACGCGGUCCCGCAGCAGCAUGGCAAUGCGACUACGAAGUCUCAAACAUUUCCUGGUCACCUCAGGGAUCAUCUCAAAACUCGCGUGACUGGCUCGGCGUCUGUGGUGGGAAGGGGKUUUGGGGUGUCGCCAUGUAG